CUCGACGUCUGAAGAACAGCCAGAGACAUGGCGGGCUUCGUCAGAUUCCUGUUCGCCAUAAUGCUCUGCAUUGCAAACAUGAUCAUCUACGGGCUAAAGGUCAACAUCGCCACGGCCAUCAUGGGCAUGGUUAAAUCCAAGAAGCACGUUCACGAAAAUGGCGACGCGUCGCAAGAGUGCGAUUUCGGGGUUGAGGACGUUUCGAAAGUCGAUAUCGACGGUCCGUUCGACUGGACCACAACGGAGCAAGGAUUGAUCGUCAGCAUCUACUUCGCUGGGUACCUCAUAGGCAUGUUUCCGUCGGGAUACUUCGCGGAUCGUUUCAAUACGAAAAACGUCCUACUGAUCUGCAUCCUGAGCAACGCGUUCCUGACGCUGUUGGUACCGGUAACUGCAAACGUGUUGGUGCUACUCUACAUCGUGAGAUUCCUCACGGGUCUUGUGAGCGCCGCGAAUCUUCCAGUGGUAAACGUACUCGUUGGCAAAUGGGUGGUUUACGAAGAAAAGAGCAUGUGGGUCGGUAUUAUCUACGCUGGAACGUCGCUUGGCACCGUGGUUUCCAUAUUAACCUCUGGCCUGAUACUCAACUCCAUCGGCUGGCAGGCAGUUUUCUACAUACACGGCACGUUGCCGUUAAUUUGGUGCGUGGUAUUUUAUUGGUUCUUCGCCGACAACCCGGAAACGCAGGAAUACAUCACCGAGGCGGAAAGGGACUACAUCGUGACCGCCUACGGGCACAGGACCCUGGAAUCGUCCACGAUGAAGGUACCAUGGAAAGCUAUCUUCACGUCGGUGCCAUUCUGGGCGCUGAUCUACGCCAACACGUUUGGAAAUUUCUGUUGGUACUUCUUGCUCACGCAGCUACCGUUGUACAUGAACAAGAUACUCAGGUUCGAUAUCAAGUCGAAUGCCCUCCUGAGCUGCUCUCCAUAUCUUAUAAACGCUAUAACGAACCCGAUCCUGGGUAGAGUAUUGGACUGGGGCAGGCAAAGGAAUUAUUGGUCACAGACCAAUGCUCGAAAAAUCGCAGUAUUCAUAAGCUGUGUCCCACCGAGUUUAUGCCUAGUGUUGAUAGCCUAUAUCGGCUGCAAUCGCACAGGGUCCACGAUAUUAUUAAUACUGAGCAUAGUGUUGUGCGGUGCGAUUUUUGUUGGUCAUCUCUGCAAUCAAAACGAUCUGGCACCAAACUACGCGGGAAUCUUAAUGGGCAUUACGAAUACCCCGGGGACAAUUUCAGCGUUUAUUUUGCCUGCCUUGGUAGGAGCACUCAUGGAAAAUGGGCACACUAUGGAGCGAUGGAGACACGUUUUCUGGCUGAACAUAAUUGCUCAGACGUCUGCGUUUAUUGUGUACGUGUUCUUCGGUUCAGGAGAGAUUCAAGAAUGGAAUUACGCAGGAGAGUAA